AUGGCUCCCUCGUCGUCGUCCUCUCCCCCCUCCGACGAAGACGUCUACUUCUCCACCAACCCGCCGCCCCGCUCCCUCGACGAGCACACCCGCCUCGCAUCCUCCUUCAUCAACGCGCACGCCCUCGCCAACCGCCGCGUCGUGCUCGUCACCUCGGGCGGCACCACGGUGCCCCUCGAGAAGCAAACCGUCCGCUUCAUCGACAACUUCUCCGCCGGCACCCGCGGCGCCACCUCGGCCGAGUACUUCCUCGAGGCCGGCUACGCCGUCGUCUUCCUCCACCGCCAGUUCAGCCUGCUCCCCUACUCGCGCCACUUCUCCCACUCCAAGGACUGCUUCCUCGACUUCCUGAGCCUCGGGCCGGCCGGCCAGGUCGAGUGGCGCGCGGGCCACGACGCGGCCAAGGUGCGCGACGUGCUGGCCAAGUACCGCCGCGCCAAGGACGCCAACACGCUGCUCAUGAUCCCCUUCGUCACCAUCGGCGACUACCUGCACGAGCUGCGCGCCAUCUCGCGCCUCAUGCGGCCCCUCGGCCGCCGGGGCCUGCUGUACCUCGCCGCCGCCGUGUCCGACUUCUUCGUGCCGCCGGAGCGCAUGGCCGAGCACAAGAUCCAGUCCACCGACGCCGUCGGGGGCCGCCCCGGCGGCGACAGGCUGUCCGAGGACGAGGAGUUUGACAACUUUGACGCCUCGCCGCGCGUCCCGCGCUCCAAGCGCCUCGUCAUCGACCUCGACCCCGUCCCCAAGUUCCUCAAGAACCUCGUCGACGGCUGGGCGCCCCAGGGCAUGAUUGUCUCGUACAAGCUCGAGACGGACCCGGCCAUACUCGUGCACAAGGCGCGCUACUCGCUCGACCGCUACCAGCACCACCUCGUCAUCGGCAACCUGCUGUCCACGCGCAAGUGGGAGGUGGUCUUUGUCAGCCCCGGCCGCGACGACGCCUGGCUGCGCGUGCCGCCGCCGCCGUCGUCCAUGCCCGGCGGAUGGGGGGACGCCGAGGGCAGGCCGCUGCGCGCCGACGAGCUGCCCAGGGAGGACCCCGACACCGAGAUUGAGAAGCUGAUUAUUCCUGCCGUCGCCGAGCUGCAUGACGCGCAUAUUGGGAAGUAG